UUUUAAUGAGAUUACUCAUGUGGUUGAGUUUGAGAGUUUUGCAUGCUUGAAUUUUCCAGAGAGAACAGAGGACUGUUUCAGUUUUUCUUUUGUUUUGGGCUGGAAUUCUCAUGAAAAUCUCCUGGCCAUUGGAUCUGCAUCCACACCCCAAGCCACGAGCUGAUGCCCUGGGUUGAGGGAUGCCCCUAGCUGCCCCCUAGCCUGCCCAGCUCCCCAGCUACUCUGCCAGACCAGGGACCCCCACAGCCUUGGUCAGAGAGGUCAGGUCACCUCGAGUCCUGAGCCAUGGCAGACAAACCUUCAGGAAGGUGGAUGCUUUGUGUGCCCUUAGGGACUGGAGAGCUGGUACGAUCAUGACUGCGUUUGCCAUGCAAAUGAAACCAGAUGGGAGGAUGAGUGCAUCUCAUGCAGAUCAUAAGCUGUUUUCACUUCAGUUUUCUGGAUAUGAAUAAAAACAAACCGAGGCAAACUCUUAUUGGUGUGGGGAAAAGCAGCAUGUUAGUGAAGAAGGACAACCCACGUGCUGUCAGCAGAGGGAGGAGAGGGUAGGUACUGAGAACUCCAGGAAAGAAUAAUAAUGAGAACUGGCUUUGGCAUGCUCUUUCUAAAAAAUGAAAAGGAGGAGGAAAAAAGUGAGCAACAAGCCAGCCUAAAACACAGGCUUAUGAACAAGGGCUUGACCUGAAGCGUGCUGGGGGAAGGGUGGAAAUCCAAGGUCUAGCAGCAACUCUGCUGGGAGUGAAUCACAACCUGAGCAUGAGUCGAAAGGACCUGGCUGUUAUGAAAAUGUUCAGUGUCAAUAUGAGGAUGUUUACACAGAACUGUAACUUAUAAAUUGCAUGAAACAAUCAUUCAGCUCCACUUAACACUACUAAGACCUUGGCUAGAGCUCUGUGUCAAAUGUUGAGCAACUUUUUCCUCUUCAAGAAAAAUGUGAAGUAGCUGGAGGGAAGCCAAGCAGAGAGAAUCAACCAUUAUUAGAAAACCCUGUCCUCAUAGGUCACAUUAGAGAUUGUGUAGUGUUGCAUGUAAACAAAACCAGAAGGGAUGCAGAAAUUUGGUUUUCUGUAAGAAGCAUAUUUUGUAAAGAAGAAGGGAAUCAUCCAUAUAAAUAGGACAAGAAUAAUAGGAUUAAUUGUAACAUGAGAAACUGAGGUUAGAUAAUAGGAAAAGCCUUCUAGCCAUAGGGAUGGUUACAAGCAGGAAGAGAUGGUCUGGGAAAGUUGUCAUAAAGCUCUGUCAUGAGAGAUUUUUAAGAACAUUUCAAAUAAACAGGUGCCAGGAAAGACACUGGGGCGGGAUGGACUAGAUGAGCUCUUGGGGCUUGUUCUGUUCCUGUGUGAUUCCCAACUUGAGAACUAAACUUGGCUAGCGUUCUUUUUUCCCCAUGUAUGCUAAUUCCAAACUGAAGGUAUUGGACAAAAUGUUCAGCAUUUAUCAAAAUCACAGCCGGAAAUAUUCUCUUUUCUACCAACAGAAGCUUUUCAUGUAGCGUGGGCUGAACUCCAGUGAAAUCCCAUGAACUAAACCUUGUUGCAAUAAAGUGACAUUGAUUUCAGAAUUUUAUUCUGUGACAAAUCCAUAUUUGGGAUUUUCUGGUUUUCAUGUCUAUCUUAGGCAGUCAAAUGAAUGCAGCCCUUCUAAUACUCUGUGUGCAUUAGGUGAAGUAAAUCCUUUCCUGGCAAUUAUCUAAAGACACCUAUUGAGUUCGAGGAAAAACAGCAGCUCAGGCACUGGAGCACAGAGACCAUUGUCAUGUUUAUGCAAAACUUUCUUCCCAUGCCACAAAAGCUGUUUGUUCCUGUCUGUGCUGUGCUGCAGAUGUUAGCACAGCUUAGCACAUCAGCUGUCAGAUGAGUAGUAUGGAUGGAAGAUGUACAUCUUUAGCUCCUGUUCUUGGGCUCACAGGGACUCUCAAGAAGGACUCUCAGGCAGGAAGAGCUAGAAAGCAAGUGAACAUCUGUCCCAAAUCCAGGAGCAACUCCCCUUGUCAAGGACAUUUUCAAUCCCUUAGACAUGGUUCCCAAAGGAAUUGCACUACAGUGGGGAGACUCUUCUUUGCCUGUCACUUUCCUAGGUCAGGGUGUGCAGCCAGAAAAAAAAGAAAAACAGACAAAUCCAAACCAGAAACAUGGAGAAGGAAGAAAAACAACUUACAUUUUAAUAAAGUUCAGAGUGGUACAUGAAUAUGUUCCCCAUAUUCUCCGGUAAGAACAGAGGGAGCUGUUUUGUUAAUGAAAAAGGUUCAAAAUAAAAGUCAAGACACAGGGAGAAAAGACAAGCUUCCUGUUUUGGGAGGUCCAGCAGCCCUUUUCAUUCACAUCUCAAUUUCAAUGGUCAGAUUGCUUCAGCUCGCAAAACGGUCUUCAGUCCUCCAUGCACAAAAUGCUCUUUUGGUUUGGAUCCAUGUUUUUAUUUUACUGUGUUUGCUUUCUGUUCCCUCUCUGUUCAUCUUUUGACUCUCCUUCUCUUUUUCUGACUACCACUGUUGUUCCGGUUUCAUUCUGCCAUCUCAGUCAUGCUGGGAUGUGAAAUAAGUUGCUUAAUUGCAGUGCAGUACCCAGCAGGCAACAUCCGCUCCCUCUGACGAGGUUGCUCGUAUUUGCCUUCCUCAUUUACGUUCUCAGCAGUGAGGACAAGAAGGGACACAGAGCUCCUCACUCUGCUGACAAAUGGUCUGUGGAAAUUGUUACAGAGGACACUAAGGGGAGCCCACAUUACUACAGGCAUGAUGUAUCUAUCUGACUAGGCCCCAAGCUGGUCAGCUCACUAUCUUUUGUUGGCCCAGAGUUCACAGGCGCAGAUGAAUGUCCCUAUACAAACAAAAUAGCCAAAGACUUUUUAAGGAUUAGCUCAAAAUGCUAAUCUCAAUGUUAGAGGUUUUAAAGACACCCUCCUUUCCUAAAAUGGUGAGCUCAUAGCUUCAGAAAAUGGGUGCUGACAUACUCCAGUUAGGUAGCACAGGGUGUGCAGCAGGUCUCUAUCCACUUCCUGGCGCUCUGGUAUGAAUUUCUGAUCCGCGGAUAACUGCUAGAACGAAACAGUUAACAGCUGCUUAGCUGUCAGUUGUUUUAGGGUUUUGUUUGUUUGUUUUUUACCUAAUUAGGCUAGAUUUAUUUUUAAUGCUCAUUAUUACCACCAGCUUCUGAGUUCCAUCUAUCCACUGCUGAGUACAUACUGCUCUUGCCAAAGCAAGUGUCUUUCAGCAGCUAUCUCAGCCCCCUGCAAGUGUCCCACCCUGUAGGAGAUGGCACUUGCCACUGUUGUCUUUCCUAUUAAUUCCAUGGCAGCACAUGCUGUUAGUCUGCCUUGUUUGGUGCUCUAGUGUUAAUGACUGUGCAAUCAGUUAUUUCUUUUGUUAACCAUGGAUGCCUGUUGUUGAUAAUUCAGGGUUAAUUGCUUACUAUAAAGUUUGGCAGAGUCAUUUAGCUUAGCUUAGCCUGAUCAUUGAUAAAGACUAUAAAUAUCUGCAGUCUAUCACUGAUAUAGAUGUUACUGAAGUUUUGUAUAAUUGGCUUUUAUGAAAGUGCUGCAGCAAAAAUGAGGGUUAGCUCAACUACCAAAGUCAUCUGUCUAUUGUUUUUUGUACAACCACUUCAGCAACUUAACAGGUUCACUUUCAUUGACAUUUAUGUCAUAGCAAGUUUAUAUCUUAGAUACAGCUCUAGGAGUGCUGAAGCUCAGCACUCAGGACAUUGUGGCAGCUAUAAAGAGCAAGGCAUUUUAGCUGAGCUUAUGUUGUGCUGACCUGUCACAAAUGCAUCUUACUGGAGAUAGACAUAUCUACUAAAAGACUUAGAUGAUAAUGUUCUCUCAGUUUCCUGGAUUUUUCCUGGGGGAAGAAUCACCAAGUGGAGUAGGUCUAAAGCCACACCUGUAAUGAUGUCUCUCCAGUUAGCUGACUGUCCCAGCAGUCUGCUUUCCCUAAAAUUUUGAAUGUAGGAGCUGCUGCAGACAGAAAGCUCUGUAUAUACACACUGCUCUCAACUUCCAGUGAAAUGGAUGGGAACUGGGACUAAUGCGCCCAUUUCAGCAACAAGUGCUUUCUGAACAUGCACUCGGGAGUCCCAGCAUCUUGAUUCCCAAAAGCAAAAGGAAGGCCAUGUGCUCCCAUCCAAGGGAAGCUGGGGUUUAGCAUUACACACCUAUAGAGCAAAACCAGAUGCCAGAUUCUCUACCCAGCUCUCUGAUUUCACUUGUGUUAAAAGUGGAACUUCGUGUGAAUUACGACCCUGUGUGCUUAUUAGCGGGAUGCACUGGGCACGAACCUAUGGAGAACACUGUUUGCAGUGAAUUGAGGCUGACUGGGUGCAUCAUACUCUGCAUUUAUUUAAGCCUUCCCAGCAUAGUGCCAUGUAACAGGUCAAUGAGAGUCUUCAGCAGCAGUAGGCACCGACAGUUGUUCAGCAGGAAGGGACAGUUUCAUUAAACCAUUCUGGACCCCAAGGUUCCAGGUGAUUUCAAUGAAAGCAAGACCAUUAUCCUCUGAGACACCUUUUAAAUUCAGCACAGUGCUGUCUUCAUCUCCAGAAGCCAACAUGUUCUAAAUAUACCUAAUAUCUUUGUAAGAAAUUAUGAGUGAGAAAGUGAUUAAUUGUUCUGUGACCUUCAGUUUCUUCAUCUAGACUGUGUCACCAAACCAUAUUUUAUGUCACGAGGAGACAGCAGAUGUAAAUCAAAUAUCUGCCUGCUCUAGAAUAUCUAACAAGAGAGGAAAUUACUUCCAUCUAUUAACACAGACAGAUUUUCAUGAGAAGAUUUUUCUGCCUCCCAAACCCAGUUUUAAAAUGAAACUGUAUACUCAUAGGUCUGCCUGUUGGUUUCCGGCACAAGGGGCAUUGCCACAGUUAGCAGCUGUGGCAAGAACAACCACCUGUCACUCUGUUUCACCUUAUAAUUUUUUUUUUCUUUGUGUUUAUUUGUUUGUUUUUUUUUUCUACAAUAUAAUUUUAAAACUAUAAACUAUUUGAAAAAAAAAAGAAGAAAAAAAAACAAGAUAAAUGUAGAUUUUAAAUAUCUUAGGCAGGAAAAGUCAUGACUAUCCUUUCUCAAGAAAUUAAAUGAUACCUUUAAAAAGCAGAGUCUCGCCCCAAAAGACUGAAUAAGCAGUACGUAGAAAGGGACAUUUUUUUCCAAUAAUGAGGUAUGUAGAGAGAAAAGACAAUGGGACUUGGGUCUCUGGCAGCAGCAGUGCAUGCAGUAAACAUCUGCACAUACUGUAGCCACUAGUGUGUGUGGCACAGGAGAGCUGGGAGGCUGUUACCCUUGCAUGUGAUGGGGAGAAAGUGAUGCAACCCCAAGUCAGCCUGGUACAUUUACAGUUUGUGGUAGAAUGGGUCUCCCCAUGCAGUAGUGUUUCAUAAUUUCUUUUCCUUUUCUUUUGGCCCGUUAGAUUUUUUUUUUUUUUUUAUCAGUAGCAUACUAUCAGAUCAUUGUAUUGGCAUAUUCUUCAGUUCCAGCUGUAUGAGGUAGUAUUGUCAACACUGAUGCCAAAGAGAGUGCCAUUGAAAAGUAAAUGAGUCAAGCAAAUUAAAAAUAAGAAAAUUAAAAAAAUCAAGUUUAGAAUUAGGUUUGUGGUCAUGUUGACCCUGCAUAUUCAUUUUUCUGUUCAGAGUAAUCAUACCUUUGGAAAAUAGGAAGCCAACAAUAGGGCAGACAAAUCUCAUGUUCAAAAUUAGGAAUGUGAGAAACACCUCAAUAAUUUUCUCAGACAGGGUCUUCUGUGCAGCUAUUUUAUUCACGAUUACAAUGGCAGGCUUCCUGCAAGCAGGAGCGCCCAGCAAAAGUAUAUCAUAACCUUAUAUUUCCUAUUACCCAACAAUUGAUUCCUCCCAUCUCCUCAUUGGCUAAGUACAGGUUCACAAACUAUUCAACGCUUAUUACGAUACCAUAUACAUACAAUUUUGUUUGACCAACCGUUAAUUUCUCCUUUUCCUUUUUUUUUUUUUUUCCCCUUCUUCUCUCGUGACUAGAGGGCCUGUGACUUUUUGUUUUGACUGAUUUCGCACUGCUCAUCCUGUUUUUCUUAGCUAUCCUCCUUAUUUUGGGAGUGGGACCUUCCCCUUAUCUGCUUAACAUACUCCCACUGCUAUGCCACUGUUAUGCCUGCACAAUCACUUCUGAAUAUGCAAGGUUAGUGGAAUUUUCCACUGCAAAAACAUUCUACUGCAAAAACACAACUUUGUUUCUCACAGGAACCUGGAAGAAAAAACCACAACUAUGUUGAAAUCUCAAAGCUUAAUUCAAGAUGUGUUCAUAAGUGCUUUUGGAGGAAAGAAGAAACAGCCUCAGCCAUGCAAUUACAUACUUAAGCUCAAUGGAAAAGAUUUGUUUACUGAAUGCGAAAGGCAUACAUCCCAGGCCACUGUUCAGAAAGAGUCAUGCAUAAUAAUCACAAACUGCAACACAACAGUUCGAAGACCUUUGACAUUUGAUUAGUAUUUUUCUGUUUUGCAGAGUGAAGAGAGUGGUUUGGACUUUAAAAGGAAAAUGAGCUAAAGCUUUAGUUAGUGGGGCCACAGAGAAAGAAAUGAAGAACAAGUCUGUGGAGAGCAGCACAAGCAUACUGCUUUGCGUAAGGCACUGAAGGAAAUAGAACAGAAUGACCGUCAGAAAUAGGCUAAGAUUGUGAGCAAAGGGUCAGCGGCUUGCAGCAGGCUUUGGUUAGAGGCAGCGCACAUCCCAGGGCAAGCAGUGCUGGAGCUAUACUUCAGGCCUUGCUCGCUGACAGCUUCUGUCGAUGUCCUAAGGUGCACACAGCUGUGCUGAGAAGGACAGGCAGCACUACAACAUCCACUCUCAGAUUCAUGAUGUUACAUCAACAGCUCUUACUUGUUUUUGGAAUAUCACUAGCUAGAGAUAUAUUUGCAUCUGGAAGCUGUUAUUCAGAAGCUCAAGUCGCCGUGUAUUAUUUCUGCAACCUCACAGGUAUUCCACCUGUGCCAAAGAAUACCGUGAAGCUUUUGCUAAGUUUCAACUAUAUCAGACAAGUGACUGCAACUUCAUUUCCACUGCUGGAGCAUUUGUUAGUGUUGGAAAUUGGAACACAACAUGUCUUUCCCGUUAACAUAGGAAAAGAAGCUUUCAGGAACCUGCCAAACCUUCGUGUCUUAGACUUAGGACAAAAUAGGGUUCUUCAGCUGGAUCUAGAUGCUUUUGUGGGCUUGACAAGUCUGACUGUACUCCGGCUGUUUCAGAACAACCUUGGAGAUUCCAUCCUGGAGGAGCGUUACUUUCAAGAUUUGAGCUCAUUAGAAGAAUUGGAUCUUUCAGGGAACCAAAUCACAAAACUUCAGCCUCAUUCCUUAUUCUAUAAUCUAACAGUCUUGAAAAGUGUGAACCUGAAAUUCAAUGCCAUAUCCAACCUGUGUGAAAGCAAUCUUACCAGCUUCCAAGGAAAACACUUUUCAUUUUUUAGUCUCAGUUGUACUAGUUUAUAUAAGACUGAUGAAACGGUCUGGGCCAAAUGCCCAAAUCCUUUCAGAAAUAUUACAUUUAACUUACUGGACAUUAGUGAUAAUGGCUGGAGCACAGAGAAAGUCCAGUAUUUCUGUACAGCCAUUAAAGGGACUCGAAUCGAUACUUUAAAUUUUAGCUUUCAUACAAUGGGCUCAGGAUUUGGAUUCGAUAACUUAAAAAAUCCAGAUGAGGAUACAUUUACAGGGCUAGCAAGAAGUGAUCUUCAUGUGCUUGAUAUUUCCAAUGGUUACAUUUUCUCUCUCAAUUCACUAAUCUUCAAAAGCCUUGGUAAUCUGGAAUCACUAAACCUUUACAGAAACAAGGUGAAUCAAAUCCAAAGGCAAGCAUUUUUUGGCUUGGGAAAACUAAGAAUUCUCAAUCUCUCAAGUAAUCUUUUAGGUGAGUUGUAUGAUUAUACUUUUGAGGGGCUACACAGUGUAAUGUACAUUGAUUUGCAGCAAAACCAUAUUGGGAUGAUUGGUCAAAAAUCAUUCAGUAAAUUAGUAAAUCUGAAAAUAAUCAAUCUCGGAGACAACGCCAUUAAAAAACUCCCUUCCUUUCCGCAUCUGACGUAUGCCUUUUUAGGUGACAAUAAGUUAACAUCUGUAGCUGGCACAGAAAUAGCUGCAACAUAUCUUGAAUUAGAGAGAAAUUGGUUGGCAGAUCUGGGUGAACUGUAUACUCUUUUCCGAGUUCCAGGUGUACAGUAUAUCUUCUUAAAACAGAAUCGCAUCUCUUAUUGUGAGAAAAGUGUUACUGUUAUAGAAAACAAUCAGUUAAUUUUUAUGGAUCUAGGAGAAAACAUGUUACAGCUUGUGUGGGAGAGAGAUUCAUGUUUGGAUGUGUUCAAGCCACUGUCCAAACUUCAGGUUCUACUUCUGAACAACAACUACCUUAGUGCUCUUCCACAGGGAAUUUUUAGAGGCCUAAUAUCUCUACAAGGACUUAAUCUGGCUUCCAACCUCUUGUCUCAUCUCUCUCCUGGGAUUUUUCCACAAAGCCUAAGAUACCUAAACUUGUCUAGAAACCAGCUUUUUUCCCCUGAGCCUGAAAUCUUUAUGUCUUUGAGUAUUCUGGAUAUAUCACAUAACAACUAUGUCUGCGAUUGUACUUUAAAGAGCCUAACAGUGUGGCUAAAUGAAACCAAUGUGACUCUAGCUGGCUCACAGUCUGACAGGUACUGUGUGUACCCACCUACAUUGGCAGGGGAACCACUGUCAUUUCUGACAUAUAAUUGCAAUGAAGAUGAACUCCAGCAGACACUCAGAUUCUCAGUAUUCGUCUUCACGUCCAUCACCCUUCUAAUGUUUUUAAUGGCAGCCAUCAUUUUUACUCGCUGUCGGGGGAUUUGUUUUGUCUGGUAUAAAACUAUCACAAAAAAAAUGAUAGACAGCCAUCCACCAGCAGCAGAUACAAGUGAAUACAAGUAUGAUGCAUAUUUGUGCUACAGCAAAAAUGAUUUUGAAUGGGUCCAGAAUUCUUUGCUAAAGCACCUGGAUUCACAGUAUUUUGAUAAAAACAGAUUUACCUUGUGCUUUGAGGAACGAGAUUUCUUGCCUGGGGAAGAACAUAUCAACAAUAUUCGUGAUGCCAUUUGGAACAGCAGAAAAACAAUUUGCAUUGUGACCAGACAGUUUCUCAAAGAUGGGUGGUGUGUGGAAGCCUUUAAUUUUGCCCAGAGCAGGUACUUUAGUGAUCUGAAAGAUGUCCUCAUUAUGGUAGUAGUUGGGUCACUUUCUCAGUAUCAACUGAUGAAGCACAAACCAAUUCGAAUCUAUUUACAAAGGAGUCAAUAUCUGCAAUGGCCUGAAGAUUAUCAAGAUAUAGAAUGGUUUUUAAGUAACCUUUCUUGCCAAAUUCUGAAGGAAAAAAAAGUGCAAAGGGAUGUCGAUGGUAUAGAGCUGCAGACUGUAGCGACACUCUCACAUUGACAGUGUAUGGGUUGCUGGCUUUCCGGAUACCCUCUUUCUAGCUGUGCCAUGGCAGGAAGAAACAGAAGCUUUGCUUCAUUCUUCCAUGAAGAAGCAGGUAGAAACAUAACUUUCAGUUUUAAUCCUACUAAAGAUAGAAACAACUUGAAAGCAACCAGCAAAUACAAGGAAGUGAAAUUAUUUUAUGGACUAUGGCACCCAUUUUCAGAAGAAUUAAUGAAUCACAAAUGUCUCACAUUUCUCACAUUUUGGAUGCUUAGUUUCAAACAACUUAAUUCUACUUACAGAGUGCUACAUACUUACAGGUCUCUGUUUCAGUGAGAGGAGAAAGGGAGGAAGCCCAUACUUUUUUUUUUUUUUUUUCUAAAAAAAGAGUCCAUUGUACUGUGUAUGACCCGCAUAUGUUUUCAUGUAUAGCCUAACAUGAUCAUUGGUUCGUUGAUUACUUGCUCCUGCGCUUUCUCAACUCUGUAAGUUUUCAUGCCCUGUUUCAAAGUAGCAUUAGUGCUUUACACCUUUAUGCUUUAAAUCAGUGUUACACGGAUCUUAUUUAUUUGUUCUCUAUUAAAUUAUCCACAGCUUCUCAACUGCAAUGUACAACUUUUGAAUUACAUUCAUCCCCUUCCCCUCCACAACUUCUCUGUUUGGUGGUAAAACUACAGUCAUUGGGCUACUUCAUUUGCUGCUGUUUCAGUCUGGCACUUUCUCAGUUGAGCUGCCUCCAGCCCUGCAGAGAGAAAUGAGCAUCCCCUACAGAUCUGAAGCAAGCCUGGAAAACCAAACAAACCAUCUUGAAAAACAAACAAGAAACUACCUCAGCAGCCAUGGGGGCUGUACACCAGUGAUAUGGCCAAUAGCACAGUAUCUGCUAGGCAGAUUUCACAUUCUGUGGGUGGAAAAUGAAGAUAACUUUUGUGUGUCAUUCGUGUUUUUCUCUGUACAUCCUGUGUCCUGAUCAAUUCUAAGAUUAUUUUUUUUCUGGUUCUAUUGAAAUAUUUUUUCUGGAAUCAUAAUUGUCUAUUUACUCUCUAAAUAUUUUAUCACUGUUUUGCUCAGGUGUGCAUCUUCAGGGGCUUGCUCGGGGUCAUUUUAAUAAAAGUCUGACCUGUCA